CAGACUGCGCGUCUCCUCGCGUUUCGCUUUUGUUUUUCCUCUCAACUUGACCCGACAUCUUCUUCCGCCGCCAACAUGAGCCGCGUCGGGCCGGGGCCGUGAAGAAGAGGAGGAAGAAGGACAGGAGGAGGAGGAGGAGGGGGAGAAAAUGCCUGAUGGGUCGCUCCAUCACGUCGUGAGGGGAGCGCGAUGCCCAGGUUCGGCGUCAGGUGGCUGCUCGCCGCCUUGCUGCUGCUGCUGCUGCUCGGCGGGGCCUUCUUCUUUUGCGAGUAUCUCAUCUACUUCCCAGUCAUCCUCAAGUGCGAAUGGCCCCGGGUGCGGGAGCAUGCGCGCGGCGGCGGUGGCGAGGCCAUCGACGGCCGGCCGCCGGACUCGCCGCCGGUCCGCGCCAUGGUUCUGUCCGACACGCACCUCCUGGGGGCCGUCGGCGGCCACUGGUUCGACAAGCUGAGGAGGGAAUGGCAGAUGGAGCGCGCUUUCCAGACCGCACUGUGGCUCCUCAGGCCCGAGGUGGUCUUCAUCCUGGGGGACAUCUUCGACGAGGGCAAGUGGAGCUCACACAAGAAUUGGGAGGAUGACGUGCGGCGCUUCAACAGGAUCUUUCGGCACUCCGGCGACACGGAGCUGGUGGUCCUGGUCGGGAAUCACGACAUCGGCUUCCAUUACGAGAUGGACUGGUUCAAGCUGCAGCGCUUUGAGAAGGUCUUCAACGCCUCCUCCACCAGGAUCGUCACCAAAAACGGAAUCAAUUUCUUACUGGUGAACAGCGUGGCGCUGCAUGGUGACGGCUGCCCCAUCUGCCAGUCUGUGGAAAAGGAGCUCUUCAGACUCUCCAGGGGACUCAACUGUUCUCUGCAGAGUUCGGGGGACGGCUGCGAGGGAACGCAGAUGUAUCCUCCUACACCUCCCAUCAUGUUACAGCACUACCCGUUGUACAGAGUGAGCGAUGCGGGCUGCACGGGCACCGAUGCCGCGCCAGCCGGACAGCGACACCUUCUGUUCAGGGAGAAGUACGACGUGCUGUCCAAAGAGGCCUCCCAGAGGCUGCUGCAGUGGUUCAAGCCCCGCCUCAUCCUGAGCGGCCACACCCACAGCGGCUGCGAGGUCCUCCAUGACAACAAGUACCCAGAAGUCAGCGUGCCGUCCUUCAACUGGAGGAACCGCAACAAUCCCAGUUUCAUCCUGGCGUCCGUGUCGCCGGCCAGCUACGCGCUGUCCAAGUGUUUCUUACCGGAGGAGAGCACCGUCAUCGGCGUGUACUGCUCCGCCGGCGCCUGCCUGAUGCUGCUUGUCCUGGCGCACUGCUUGUGGAUGAAGGGCCUGUUGCAGUGCCUCAGCCUUUGCCUGCUGGGGAAGCACAAGCCUCUGUGAAAACUACAUUACCCAACACCCCCGGCGUCCAGAACCCGGAAGUGGAGACGAGCAGUCACUCGGGAUACCGUUUUGAACGUGCCAAUAGAACUGUCUUGGUUGGUUUUACCUGAACAUUUCACGACACUAUGAAGUACGAAUAUUGUUCAUUUAUUAUUUUAAGUGCGUUUAAAUGACUCAAACUUGUGAUUAUUUAUGAAGUGGUGAGUGUAGCUUGUGCCCCCACCCAAAAAAAAAAAAAAAAAGUGGGUUCGUUUUACCCUUCAC